GUACAUUUUCCAAAUUCAAAACUGACAAAAAAAAAGUUUUUGCUUUGAGACAAAAGAAACAUGGACUUUCUCUCCGAUCAAGUAAAGAAGAAAUUUUCCGACAAGAAGCCGGAUAACUCAGAGCCGGAGUCGCCGAACAAGAACAACAACAAACCCGGUCACGGCGAGCCAACACAUAAACCGGUUUCCAACGCAGAUGCAACAACACAUAGGCCAGCAACGAACGCCGAGCUCAUGGCUAGUGCCAAGAUUGUAGCCGAAGCUGCUCAAGCCGCUGCUCGCAGCGAGACAGACAAGCUUGACAAAGCUAAAGUCGCCGGAGCCACCGCCGAUAUCCUCGACGCCGCUACUAGAUACGGUAAGCUCGAUGAAAAAAGUGGUGUGGGCCAGUACCUCGAAAAGGCUGAAAAUUAUCUCCACAAGUAUGAAUCUUCACACUCUCACUCCUCCGGCGGUGGAAGCCACGGCGGUGUCGGUGGCGGAGGCAGUCACGGUGGUGUUAGCGGAAGCCACGGUGGUGGAGCUGGAGAACCGGCGGCUAAGAAAGGGGAUGAGAAAUCGGGAGGUGGCAGCCAUGGGUUUGGAGACUAUGCUAAGAUGGCUCAAGGUUUUAUGAAGUGACUAAUGUUUAAUUAGUACUAUUCCUUAGUAAUUAUCUUGCAUAAUCACUUUUAGUAAGUUGUCGAUUUCUGAAUUGUUAAGUGUUUCUGUCAUCUGUGUAGGGUGGAGGAAUUUGCUGAUGUAAAAUAAAAUAUUAUGGCCGCUAAUUCUC